AACGUGCCGCUCGUAAUGCAACGCGUGAUUUACGGAAACAAUAUGACGCCUUCCUGGAUUCUUCUUUUCCCUUCUUUAUUUUCCUUGGUUCACGGUCAGCUGGAUAUACCGUCCUUGAACGAGAAUUCCCGCGGUAAUUUCGGCAGGCGGCUUCCGCCUACGGAGGGUGAGCUGCAAGACAUUUUAGCAAGAUUGGACUUCCUUGGUACCGAGAGAUGCAGCGCAAAUGUGGCUGCGCAAUGGUCCUACGAGACGGACGUGAACGAGUACACGCAGAUACAGGCGCUCGAGGCUCAGAGAAUAUACGCAGAUUUUCAGAAUCAGGCUUGGUUCCUGAUUUCGAGGAUCGAUAAAAAUAAUAUCAGAGAUCCUGUGAUCGGAAGACGUCUCAGGUAUUUGUCUGUGGUUGGUCCAUCGGCUCUUCCACCGGAUCAAUUGGACAGGUACAAUCGCGUGAUCAACGAUAUGCUGGCAGUGUACAACGAGGCUACCAUUUGCGCGUACAACGAUCCCUUCCGGUGCGGGCUGCGGCUGUAUCCAGAUAUAUCGCAGAUCAUGGCGAAAAGUCGCAACUGGGACGAGUUGCAAUAUGUUUGGACGGAAUGGAGAAGACGUAGUGGCAUGAGGAUCAAGGAUCUGUAUCAACAACUUGUCACAUUGAACAAUGAGGCGGCUAAACUGAACAAUUUCACCGACGCGGCAGAAUAUUGGAUGUUCCCUUACGAAUCUCCAAAUCUGCAACAAGAUAUCGAUGAAGUUUGGGAAAUGAUACGCCCCCUUUACGAAGAAUUGCACGCGUAUAUUCGAAGGAAAUUAAGGGACUUGUACGGGCCCGAGAAGAUCGGCUCUCAUUCUCUUCUCCCAGCUCAUAUUCUUGGGAAUAUUUGGGCUCAAUCGUGGACUAACAUUAUCGAUAUCACGAUUCCAUAUCCGGGAAAAAAUAACCUAGAUGUGACGCAGGAAAUGCAGGCCCAAGGUUACACGCCUAUCGAGAUGUUCAGAAUCGCCGAGGAAUUUUACUUAUCCUUGAACCUGAGCGCCAUGCCACCGGAAUUCUGGGCCGGAAGUAUAAUCGUCGACCCUGGAGAUCGAUCUUUGAUUUGCCAGGCUUCCGCCUGGGACUUUUGCAACCGUCUAGAUUACAGGAUCAAGAUGUGCACCAAAGUCACCAUGAAGGAUUUAAUCACGGUGCAUCACGAGAUGGCCCAUAUCGAAUACUUCUUACGAUACAGCGGAUUAACUCGUGAAUUCAGGGAUGGCGCCAAUCCAGGAUUCCACGAAGCGGUGGGUGAAGCCGUGGCCCUCAGCGUCGCAACUCCUCGCCAUCUUCAGACGCUAAGCUUGGGUAACAAGUACAUCGACGAGUUUACAACGGAUAUCAAUUAUCUGUUCACUCUUGCCAUGGAUAAAUUGGUCAUGUUGCCGUUCAGCAUCGUAAUGGACAGGUGGCGGUGGGACGUGUUCCGUGGUUACGUCACAAGGGAAGACUACAAUUGUCAUUGGCACAGGUUGAUGGAGCAAUACGCCGGUAUCAAGCCCCCCGUUUUGAGAUCGGAGGACGAUUUCGAUCCUGGCGCCAAAUACCACAUUCCUGCGAAUAUCCCGUACAUCCGAAAUUUCGUGGCAGGGGUUCUUCAGUUCCAAUUGUAUCGCGCGUUGUGUCAGGCCGCUGGACAAAGGAGCGUGGACGAUUUCAGGAGGCCUCUGCACAGGUGCGACUUCUACAGGAGCCCGGAAGCUGGAAGAAUUUUAGGGAUUAUGGAUUAAAACCGAUAUCGGAAUGGAUACAAAUUUUCCGAUAAAAAGAAGAGGAGGCGGAUAUAGAAGAAGAGAUACAACCAUAUGCAGAUUAUAUCGAAGAAACGAUCUUGGAAAGGUCUGAAAAAGAAAUUUCCCUUCUAAGGCGCGUGGGUGUACACAGAGGUCGAAGAUAUCGCGUGGAAGAUACAAUCGGAAAAGACCCAUUAUAUCGAUCUUGCAGCGAUCGGAUCCCUUAACAAUCUCCGGCAGUCAACGUAAUCUGGGUCAACAGGAGGAAAACCUUUGUUCGCCUUCGCCAAUUUCAUUGCCAAUUCGGUUCCUUGACUUCUCCGUCCAAUGGAAGGAUUCUCCGUCAACAUUAAUUUCGAAUUUUGAUUCAAAUUAUCCUUCGAUUAAAUUCUGAUUUUAUUUUAAAUCGACGCGAUUUAUCGCAAAAUCGUAUUACAAGCAUUAAAUGAUUAAUGAUAGACCUGAUACAUCUGAUCGUUUAAAAGAUUCUUUUAGAAAUUCGAUAAAACGUCCCAAAUUUGUUUUCUUUUUCCCCUUUAGCGACUCGAUACUUAAAUGGAAAUAUCAUAUUAAACUUAAACGAUGGCACGCGGCAGCUUUCGUUUCCUCGUGAGUGGCGAAAUGAAGAAAUAUCCGAGGAACGAGCAAUUAAAGCCGAUGCAGCUGUCAGUACAGACAGAAAGCAGCGAUAAUAAAUCGCCACUAUCGCUUGGGAGAAUCUGCAACUGAUUUCUGCCUCGAAGAAAUUAUCCAUUUAGCAGUAGCUUGAUGCGCAUUCUCGAUUAUGAAAUUUUACUCUUAAACUGAUUGCGCAACGAGAAACGAGAGCGAGUACGUUUUUCGAAGAAGAUGGAUCGUUCCAGUUCUGAUCGAUUUCCUAUUCCAAUUCCUGUUUUUCCUUUUUUUUAUUUUCUCCACUCUCAGUUUCACGCCUCUACGUGCCACGUGCACCACUUCGAUCGAAAUUCAUUAAGCCAAUUCACGCGCACGUUCGAUUCUUUUUUUCUUUUUUUCUUUUUGGCGUUGCCCUGAUUACUUCUACUUCUCGAAGAAUAAGCCAUUAAUAUUCCUUCUUAAUCGCAAGAUUUUUUUUUUCUCUCUUAUGAAAAAAAAAGAAAAAGAAAGAAAUAUUCGAAUAUGUAGUUAUGACGCGAUUCGAUCGAAAUCAGCUGGACGAUAAUCCAAAGACUCGACUUCCUGUAACCGAAGGACGAUCUCUCGCAGUUUGCGGACGCAGUUACGAAACCGAUUGCAGCCGCGUAAAAACACGCGCGUGUCUCGUACACGCAGCUGCACGAAGAAACUGGCGCGGUGAGGCUCGUUACCCGUUCCACUUCCGUUUUGUAAUUUUAUUCCCGUCCGCAAGAAACAGAGGAGGAAGAAGAUUGAGGAAAGAACGAGAACCGAGAUAUAUAUAUAUAUAUAUAUAUUUCAGGAAAGGAUUUCUUCACUUCCUGAAAACUUAUCCUCGUUAUGACUCGUUUGAAAUUCGAUGAUGGAUAGAAAUUUUUAUUCAUAUCUAUUUUUCUUCUCUCUUUUUCUUUUUUUAAUCGUGGAAAGCGGUUGGAGAAGCGAUUAAGGCGAUUUCGCGUGAGCAAUUUGCGAAGAAAGAAUUCGCUCGAGUUCGAAAUGAUCGAAGGUAAUUGGGUGAGGAGAACAGGUAUUUUUUGACAUUUAUAUUCGUCCCCUUCUUUUACGUAACGAUAAUUUUAUCCAUCUUUUUUACAUGUUUAUUAAUGUCGAUAAUAAUCGCGACAAGUGUGUAAUUAUCCGAUCCGGGGAACGAGAUUAUUUAUCGGAGUGUGAAACACCGAAUACACGUAAGUAUUACAAAUUACUUGUAAUAAACACACAGUGAAACUUGGUUGAUCGGUUUACACGAACGAAAUGCAUUACCAAUACUGGCUAUAAGUAUCUAUUAUAUUUAAUAUUUCAGAGAGAAAACGUUUCUUAUUAUUAUUUCUGAGGGAAACAUCAAACGGAGAAAUAUGUCUUUUAUUAUAUAUAUAUAUAUAGAAAAACCUCGUUGUGCGAGCCCGUAUUGUUUCCAAUUCGUAAAAACAAAGUUCCAUUCGUAUUACAAAUUACUUGCACAUAAUUCACGCUCAACCACGUUACGGAACACGGCGAAGAAAUCGGUAACUUGGUUUUACGAUUAUUAAAAUUCAGAGAUUACGAACGAUCCGACCGUCCAAUUGCACAACUGCGCGACGACGGUCGAUCGACGAAUCCGAUUAAACAGAAAUCGAUUGAAAUUUAUGCAAGUGGAUGAUUCGUCCUUGGCACCGGCGGUGCAUCGGCGUUUCGAAAGCGCCUCGGGUUGAGCAACCGGUCGUGCCCGCCGUGCGAAAACCAUUUUCCAAUAACAACGAAAAUAACAUUUGAUGGGAUCGAGUUCGUACGUGUGUGUGUACAUUUGUUAAUCGGAAAACUCCAUUUCCAUUUAAUUCGAAAAUAAUAUUUGGCUCGCGAAUUAAAAUAAUUGUUAAGUUAAACCUUUUUUAUCUUUCUACUAGCGUUCCUUUCACUUCUGAAAAAUGCCACGAAUUUCCCAAAUUCCACUUUAAAAAAACAUCGUUUCUCUUUCUUUUCAUAAAGGACUCUCUCAAAAAAAUGUGACAAUUUUUGAAUCGAUUCUAUCGCACCUCGCGUGUCUGAACGUGAUUCCGUCCGAAGUUCCUCUGGCAAAAGCGAUCAAAUCCAAACGCCACGCGUUUCCCACACCACGGUGUCAAGGUUCACCCUUUUAAAACAACAACAGCGAGACUCGUGACUCGAUUUCACGGCGAGGAGGAGAAUGGAAGUUGAUUCGUUGGGAUCCCCAAUUGGGAAGACAAUGGUGGCCACCGUUCGAAGUGGAAGACAAGACGUUGCUCGGUCGAGGCUUGAGAGGAAUAUGCAGCCAAGUUCUCGAGUAAUCCAGUACCGUUCGUCAAAUUUCCAAGGAUCAAUAUCGCUAUGGCAACACUAGAGCGAAAAUUCUUGCGUUGGAAAGCUAGGCGAACGUGCUAGACCGAAGUGCUCUUCUCUCUUCUCUCUUUCUUUUUUUCUUCGAUUUCGAUAACGUUAAACAAACUUUUCGUUUAUCGAAAGCGAGGUUUGACAAGUUUGACAUUUUUCAGAAUCGUGGAUCUACGCACGAUUCGACGUGUGAGGGACGCGUGUUAAAUACAAGCAGAACCAGCAUCCCGAGCGUAUUGCGAAACGUAGGCAGGAAAGUGGCGAUUUCGUUAUGAGCGGAAAUUGUGAGAUCGAAACAAAUUGCAAUACCGGAGGGGAGGAUAUACCGAAAUAUUUUUGCUCGUCGAUUCCCACGGGAGGCGUGGCCCGUUCUCGAAGGAACCGGAAGCAGCGAGCUGCGCCGCGUGACCUGCAUCCGAAAUCACUUUCCAAAAAAAGGAAAAAAAAGAAACAGAAGUUGUUAUUAUAUCACGACGCUCACUUUUCACUUUCGUGAAAUCGAACCUACACUUAUUUGGCCGUUUUUCGCCAAAUUCGAUAUCAUUCGCAUCUUCUUCACAACGAUCAUUGUAUUUCUUCUUCUUGGAAAAAACAAUUUCAUUUCUCGAUUCCACUUUCUCGGAUUGAAUCGCGCUUCCUCGAUUUCAUCGGUCUGCGGUUUCUGGUAGUCGAAACGCGAGAAGUUGGACGGCGACGAGUAAGUUGUUGGUAAAAUCGCGAGCUUCCAUCUCGAUAAUUCGAUCCCACCCUCUUGCGCAACAAAUAUCUCGCGUUUACGAUUCAUCCGUGGAAAGGCAGGCGUCACCGAUCGAACAAAUCCCUCCCCUCCCUCCCCCUCACGGUUAGAUUAAGUUCGUUUUAUGUAACGUUGCAGUCGGGGCAAGCAGAAUUACGAGAGUGGCGAGCGUGUAUCGGCUGUCUCGGAUCGGCAAAGGAAGCAGGAAAGGAAUUGGACGAGAGAAGCUCGAACAACAACGAAACUCUCCCCUGAUCACGUAACUCGAUCGGAUGACGAUUUUUCUUUUCUACGGUCCCCUCUCUCUUUCUCUGCUCUCAGAAGUAAGAAAAAGUUCGGUCGAGUUUUCUCUUUCUCUCCACGGCCACUACUGGAUACGGCAAUGUCGUAAGGAAGAUAUUUUCGAUCCAUCGACAGAAUUUCUUGCUCCAUAUUUCCGCCCCAUUGUAUUUAAAUGGACGAUCUGGCCGAUUCCGAGACUGUCUUUUUCGCCUCAUAAUCUUUCUCCUGUUGGCCAUUGUGUCGACAAUCGUGCAGAGCGUGUUUUAUUCGUAGCUGUGUCGCAAUAAGUAGUUUUGACGAAGGAAAUAUAUAAUUUUAUAUAUAUAAAAUCGAAGGGAUGGUAAUAUUUUUAUCGAAUUUAAAGAUCGAAUGUACGUUUUGGAUGAAAAAUUAUGAUUUCUGGGAGAUCUGAAGGACGGGAAUGGUUAACGGAUUACUGAGAAAUGACAUAACGCAAUGACGAUUGUAGCAAUCGAAAGCAAAGAACUGAGAAGUGUGUUCACAUGGAAACGGGUAAGAUUAAAUCACCGAUAAUCCACGAAGGGAAUUGAACGAGAUUAUUACUCUAAACUGUUAUGGACACGUCACGAUCGAUUUCGAUGAAGUCACGCUGCGCAAAUUAGAAAAGAACGAAUACAAAACCUAUCGUACGUACAACAUUUAUCCUCGGAUUACGGAUUGUCUCGAAACUUUUUUUCCUUUUAAUCUUCCCGAAGAAUUUUUUCAAUUUUUUCAAGUUAAUAAAAUUCGUAUCCCAGCCUUGUUGCGCGCGAAGUUGCUUGCGUUUCCCGCCGUUUACUUGGCACAUUGUUGCACGAGUGAGAAUUAAUUCGACAUCGUAACUCAUACGAACGAGCAAAAGUUGUUGCACACCCAUCGUGAAAUCGAGCGAGCGGCAAUCGAACGCGUUUCGAGCGGAUUCAAAGCGCGGCUGAUUGCCAAAGAUAGUCUAAUUAAUGCAUUGGAAAGAAAGGCUCGUUACACGUUCAUUAUUUUCCUCUCGUCCCACAAUUCUAUACGAAUUCUCCCGAUAUUUUCCUCGUCCUCUCGAUUUUUCGAAUCGUGCGCCAUUAUGUUUUUUCUUUUUUUCUUUUUCUUUUUGCGCGCUAAUAAGCAACGAGCUUCAGUUUUCGCGAUGAUAG